AUGGCGAGGCGAUUGUUCACCCUGGGCGCGCCCGUCGUCGCGUUCCUCGCGGUCUGGGUGUACCUCCUCAGGAUCGGGUUGCCGCCGGCACAACACAGCGUCGUCCUACUCCUGCCGCUCUGGGCGUUGGUGUCGUUCGCGCUGUACUCUCUCGCGGUCAUCGGAUGGAGCUUAGCGCACUUCCCAACGUGCGCGAAGGACGCGGAAAUUUUGCAGCGAGAGAUGGGAGUGGCGCAACGCGAGCUGUGCGCGAAGGGAAUACUCCGCGCGGACGAAUUCGAGGACGCGGAGUGA